AUGGUUGCAAUGUUGUGUCAUCUAGUGAAGCAUGAAGUUCGAGACAGAUUCUCGGGUGCUGUGCAGGGAUUUGCAAGAAGGAAUGGUUCUAGUACAGGCAUGCAUGGAAAUCACUCAAGGCAUAGAUCCAAAGAGGAUGCACCAUCAUCAAAAGAUGCGCACAUCGACUCUGAACGAGGACGGGUGUCUCGACCUGGUAGUAGUUCAAAGAGGCCCGUUUUGUCGAGCAGCAGGCCAAGCUCCUCUGUGGAACCCAGUGAACAUCAUCAUAGGCGGCUGGGCUCUGGCAGUGGUCGUCUAUCUACCACCCAAAGAUUACAACCUGGAAUUGAAUCUAAGACAUCUUCUUUUACUCGUGCUGUGGCGUCAAGAGGUGCCCGGGAUGAUACUCUCCGAAGCUUCGAGCUGCUAACAAUUGGAACAGGAAAAAGGAAAUGAUGUAUUACCAUAAUUCUGAACGUUUUUCGGCUAUCAUAUUCCAAUUUCUUCAAUUUUUUUUUUUUUUUUUGAAUACCUUGUCGAAUCUUACUUUUUAUUAUUGCAUUGUUACCGUAGUCGAUGAACAAAUCAAGUACCGAAACUGUUUAUAUAUCUGAGACUUUUGUAGUUCAUUAAGUACUUGUCUCUUCUACUGUGGUAUUAAUUUGGGAACAUA